AUGACCAAAACCGCCGGUCACCCGGCCGCAGAGCCAUGUACAGGUGUAACAGUGGCUCCUGCCGCGGAUGAGAUCACGAGCAUAAAGACGGCUACAGGCAAAAAUGUCAGCGAAUUUCGCAAUUAUACCGACUCCGCACUUCAAAUGCGUGUAGCAGCUCAUUACCGUGGAAUGCGACAAAACCAAACGGUGGACUUCCACAAGCGUAUGGAAGAGAAGUACUCUUUCGCUCCCGAGAAACAUCGCGCGGUCAUGAGCAUUCAAGAAGCAUUUCAGGCGCUGGAGAAAUAUGUGGACUCGUCCGACCCUGACAUCGACCUGCCCAAUCUUACACAUAUGCUUCAAACAGCGGAAGGGAUACGCAAAGCCGGCCACCCGGAUUGGAUGCAGUUGGUGGGCUUGCUGCACGAUAUGGGAAAAAUUCAAUUUCUAUGGGGCGACGCCUCCAACGGCCAAAAGGGGACCGCGCACGGUCCACAAUGGGCAUUGGGAGGGGACACAUGGGUGGUCGGCUGUGCCAUUCCCUCCUCCGUGGUAUUUCCUGAGUUCAACGCCCUGAAUCCGGACAUGCAGGACGCAAGGUACAAGAGCGCGGAUGGCAUCUACGAGGCAGGGUGUGGGAUCGAGAAUUUGCGGUGGGCGUGGGGCCACGACGAGUAUAUGUAUCGCAUGCUGGUGGCGAAUAAGACGACCUUGCCGAAAGCGGCCCUGGCCAUGGUCCGUUUCCAUUCCGCGUACCCCUGGCAUGAGAAAGGGGAAUACGCUCGAUUCAUGGGCCCUGGGGACGAGGUGCUCUUGCACUGGGUGCGGCUGUUCAACAGGUUCGAUCUGUACACGAAGGACGAGGAGAGCGCGGUGGAUGUGGAGGCAUUGUGGCCGUACUACCAGAAAUUGAUCGACAAAUACUUGCCACCUGGCAGGUUGCGAUGGUGA